AUGGAAAUGAUCUUACAAGAUACCUCAGUCUUCACCACCUAUAAUGCUUCAGCCCAUUCAGUUAAAUCUGAUUGGUCACCGUUCAAGACUCUGCUCCUCAAAGACCUGGCGAAUCAUCAAAUAGAUGAUAAUUUCACCUUUGAAUGGGAAGCGGACAAUGGUGAAAAAAGUACAUGGAAUCAAACAAUGAUUUUUUUUACUGUAAAGCAUUGGAAGUUUGCCAAAGCUGCUUCUGCUUUUGAGAAUUUUGGACUGGAUCAAGACAACCCUAAUGACCUUGUCCAAGUUGGGAUCAUGACUCGCUGGGUGAUUGGGCGGAUUGAAGAAAUCAAGAGAAGAUUUCGAGAUCCAUCCAAGGUUGAACAAAGGACCCGGAGCAAAAAGAGAAGAGAUCUCUGGAAAUACCGUAAAGCCACUCUUCAGCAACAUCUUCCGCAAUUUCUUGACCUCCUACCCGAUGCAGACUGCUGUUCUGAUACAGAAGACGACCCACAUCGACCCAUCCAGAAGUCGAUUUGUCCAGCAUGGCGUAGCGUCAAGUAUGGCAACUGGCUACAUGAAGUGGACCGGCUAUCCUAUCAAGAUCAAUCCACUAUCAAGCUGAGGAUUCAUCCCGCCCGCAGAUUAGAUACUAGGCGUCAAGAAGGCCAUACAGUCAACCCCUUUGGAACUGUCUGUGCUAACCUUCCAGAAAACUGUUAUGAAAGUGCUUUCUUGAAGCACUAUGACCCCCUUGAAAAACUGGCCCUGGGGAUAUCACCCAGCUCUGCAAAACUUGAUGAUGCUCUGACUGCAAUUGCUACACUUCUUCCCAAUUGA